AAAUGAGUGGUGAUUCGACAGAUCCUAAAGAAGCGGAAGGAGAAUGCAAGAUCGUCAAGGCUGACGAGCUCAUCACAGGGUGUAAAUGUUGGGUAGAAAAGGACGGUGAGGAGCGGAAAGGUGAACUCUUACACACAAGAACGAGAAAGGGGAAGAAUGAAUACUUCAUCCACUAUGUGGACUUCAAUAAACGUCUGGAUGAGUGGGUCCCUGUGGAGAGACUCAAUCUUGAGAAAGCGGUGACUUUCCCUAAACCUGAGCAGCCAAAGAAGGAUGUUAAGAAGACUGUUGUUAAGAAGCAGACAAAGAAGCAACAAAAGAAACAGGCGAGUGCUACGCCGACGGCUCACUCUGGUGAGGACGUUAUGGACUUGGACGACUUAAAUGUGCAAGGUUUGAAGUCGGAUGACGUUUCCAGAGAAGAUGAGAUAGAAAAGCUUAGAACAUCGGGUUCGAUGAUUCAGAAUCAUUCUGAAGUUGCUAAAGUGAGAAACUUGUCAAAGGUGAUCAUGGGUAACCAUGAGAUCGAGCCCUGGUAUUUUUCUCCAUACCCUGUUGAACUCACAGAGGAGGAUACUAUUUAUAUAGACGAUUUCACCCUGCAGUACUUCGGCUCGAAGAAACAGUUUGAGAGGUUCAGAAAGAAGUGUACGCUAAGGCAUCCUCCAGGGAAUGAAAUCUACAGAGAUGAUUACAUUUCCUUUUUCGAAAUUGACGGACGUAAACAGAGAACCUGGUGUCGUAACGUGUGUCUCUUCUCCAAGCUGUUCUUGGACCACAAGACACUGUACUACGAUGUUGAUCCGUUCCUGUUCUACUGUAUGACACGGAGAGAUGAACAAGGACAUCAUCUAGUUGGCUACUUCUCGAAGGAAAAAGAAUCGGCAGAGAACUAUAACUUGGCGUGUAUCUUGACACUUCCACAGUACCAAAGAAUGGGAUAUGGUCGUUUGUUGAUUGAAUUUUCCUACGAAUUAUCUAAAAAGGAAGGUAAAAUUGGUUCUCCUGAAAAGCCGUUGUCAGAUUUGGGUCUCUUGUCCUAUAGAGCAUACUGGUCUGAGACUUUGAUCAAGCUCCUCGUUGAGAGUGAAACGGAUUACAUAUCCAUCGAUGAGAUUAGUCAAAAGACCUCGAUGACAACGUUGGACAUUUUACACACUGCACAGACCCUAUCCAUUCUCAGAUACUUCAAAGGACAGCACGUUAUAUAUAUAACAGAUGAUAUUGUUCAACAGUAUGAAAAGAUGAUGAUGAAGAAGAAGAGAAGCAUCAACCCAAAGUUACUUGUCUGGAAACCACCUGUGUUUACUGCUGCUCAGUUAAGAUUUGGAUGGUGA